CAGCAAAAGCUCCUAAAGGAUUUGAAAAGCAGGAGAAUAAUUAAAAUUUAAUGAAUCAUCAACUUAAACCAAAUUUCAAGUUUAAUUCAGCGAGUAAUAAUCUUGAUGAGUUCAUAGAUUGUGGUCGCAUAUCUUCAUAUGCCUCAUCAUUAUAAGGCACAAAUAAAAAAAGAUAAAUAAGAUUAUAAACAGACGAAUAAUAAAUCACAUAGCGAUUGUAAAAAGACCUUCAAUAACAUUACCAAAUUGGUAGUACAAAUAAUUAAUCAUAAUAGGCAAACACGAAAAACUUUUAUUCAAAACCGUAUAAAUUAUAUUUGUUUUUUAAGUUUAUUAAACACCUGCAAAAAAUAAGGAAAUCAAACUAAGAUUUAUUGGAUUAAUAUGUAAACAAUUAAAAAUAAUCAAAAAAAGGAAUGAAAACUUAGUCAUUUAGUUAAAUGCUUUUUUAGUAUCACUACAAUGUCAUCAGUAAUUUGUGUUUGAUUAGUUAAUUUAAGUUAUUUAGUAAAUACGAAAGGCAAAAAUGAACUGCUUGCUUUAACUGAUUCCAACAAUCCACAAUAUUUAAAUGCCUUAGCCACGUUCUGGACAAAAGAAGCUUUCAUUAGAUUUGGAAGGACUCAAACUCUUUUAUCUAAAGAGUUUGCUGAAGGUUAUUUCAUAUUUUUUUCCAUGA